AUGUCUAAAGAAAAUCAAGAAUUAAACGAAAUACUAAGUGAGUUUCAAGACUCAUCACCAGAAAUACAAGCAAAAAGACAACAACUAAUAUCAAAUAUUGAAAAAAAUACAUAUUUAAAUGAAUAUCCAAAUCAAUUAUCAAUAAUGACAAGUUUAGAUGAAUUAAUAGGAUGUUUUGCAUUAGGUGGACAAUUUAAACAUUAUUAUAGAUAUGGUACAUAUGAUAACUGUCAAUUACAAAGAUCUAAAUUUUGGUUUGCUAUAAAACAUGGAACUUUAGUGGAAAGUUCUAAAAAUGAAACCAAGCCUUUGGAAAAAUUAAAUGAUAAAGAAUUGGAAAAUAGAGCUAAGAUACAAGAAUUUUUCAAGAAAAGAUUAAUGAAUGAUAAAUUAAAGGGAAGUUCUGAAGAUAUUUGGGAUGCAAGGAAUAAAUUACAAGAAUAUCCUUUUGAAACGAAAUAG